AUGGGGUACGCUGAGUGGAUUGGCCGUACCAAUGCGGCCGUGGCUCGUAGCCCGGUCGGUCGCUGGUUUCGCUUGGAGGGGUCCGGUCAUCCCCGCGAGCGAAAAGGCGCGUACUUCUUCACCGAAUUGCGUGCCGGCCUUGCCACCUUCUUCGCUAUGGCCUACAUUAUUUCCGUGAACGCCAAUAUCACGAGUGAUACAGGAGGAACAUGUGUCUGUCCAGCCGAAGACCUCGCAACGGCGUGCGACAACAACACCGAGUACCUCCUAUGCAAGCAGGAGGUUAACCGUGAUCUGGUGACUGCAACGGCGGCGAUCGCCGCCAUUGCGAGCUUCUUCCUCGGUCUUCUCGCGAAUCUGCCCGUCGCUCUGGCCCCGGGAAUGGGUCUCAACGCGUACUUUGCCUAUACUGUCGUUGGUCAUCAUGGUACCGGAUUGAUCCCCUACAGUCUUGCAGUGACUGCGGUUUUCGUCGAGGGCUGGAUUUUCCUCGGUUUGACUUUACUCGGUAUCCGGCAGUGGCUUGCUCGUGCCAUUCCCGCCUCGAUUAAACUCGCGACCGGCGCCGGUAUUGGAUUGUACCUGACGCUGAUCGGUCUCAGCUAUAGUGCCGGUCUUGGAGUUGUGCAGGGGGGUACAAGCAGCCCUAUUCAGUUAGCCGGCUGCGCGUCAGAUACGUUCGGCGACGACGGGUUGUGUCCUUCGUCCGAAAAAAUGCGCAAUCCCACAAUGUGGAUUGGUAUCUUUUGCGGCGGUGUUUUCACUGUCUUCUUGAUGAUGUAUAGGGUCAAGGGUGCAGUGAUUGCUGGUAUCCUGCUUGUCUCGAUCAUCUCAUGGCCGCGUCCGACCCCAGUUACCUAUUUCCCCCACACAGAAACCGGUGACAGCUCGUUUGAUUUCUUCAAGAAAGUCGUCACCUUCCAUCCGAUUCAGCAUACUCUGGUGGCGCAGGAAUGGAAUAUCUCCAGUAAUGGUGGACAGUUUGGCCUCGCAUUGAUCACGUUCUUGUACGUCGACAUUCUCGACGCUACGGGUACAUUAUACUCAAUGGCCAAGUUUGCUGGCGCCAUGGACGAGCGCACCCAGGAUUUUGAAGGCAGUGCUAUGGCUUAUAUGGUCGACGCAAUCUGCAUUUCCAUCGGUUCUUUGUUCGGUUCUCCGCCUGUUACAGCAUUCGUCGAGAGCGGUGCUGGUAUUUCGGAAGGUGGAAAGACCGGUCUGACAUCAUGUAUGACCGGUAUCUGCUUCUUCAUCGCCGUCUUCUUUGCGCCUAUCUUCGCCUCGAUUCCUCCAUGGGCCACUGGCAGUACAUUGGUCAUUGUCGGCUCCAUGAUGAUGCAUGCGACACUCGAGAUCAACUGGCGGUAUCUUGGAGACGCGGUUCCCGCGUUCUUGACGAUUUCGCUCAUGCCAUUCACCUACAGCAUUGCCGACGGCCUGAUCGCCGGUAUCUUGAGCUACAUCCUCAUCAACGGAGGUGUGUGGAUUGUUGCCAAGUUGACUGGAGGCCGGAUUUCUCCUCCUAACCGCGAGGAGGAGCACGAGCCGUGGACCUGGAAAAUCCCAGGAGGAUUUUUCCCGCCAUGGCUGGUGCGUGCGGUUCAUGGGAAGAAGGACUUCUGGCGGGCUGAAGAUGAUGCCAAUGAUCUUAGCCUUGGCGUCAUGCCUCACGGGUCGCUCUCGUCGCAGGAUCGCGCGGGCGAGAAACUUGCAUCCUCAAAGGAACAGGUCACGGAGAAAUAG